GCGAUUUGACCAGUCAUCGGUGACCGUAUCGCAUUUUCCUAUUUGGUCUGUGGCUUAAAAGGCGUCGACACCAAGCGGUCUCCCGCGUUCUUCGCCCGGCUGUCCAUCGUAACGCAGCAACAUGAUCGGUUCCCCAUUGUUCGUCCUGGUCCUCUUUGUGAGCGCAUGGGCACAGAACGUGCCCUUUCACCAGGAUGACAAUAUCGACAUCUACGGACACUUCGGCAAGGCCUGGGACAAGUUCCGCAAGAUAUACAACAAGACGUACACCACGACCCAAGAGACAGUGUACCGGGAGCAGGUGUUCCGCCGGACCUUCAACUUCCUUAGGACUGUGGACGAAAAGUUCAAGAAUGGCACGCUCCUCUUCAGCGUCGGAGUCAACCACUUCGCUGACAUGACUCCAAACGAAGUCGUGGCCAACUACACGGGCUACAAGCCUCCUAGUCCGCAGCAACUGGGGGAGAUCCCGCUGUACGCUCCGCUGUUCGGUGACACGCCUGACUCCAUCGAUUGGCGGGAGGAGGGAUUCGUCACGCCCGUCAAGAACCAGGGACAGUGCGGCGCAUGUUGGGCAUUCAGCGCGACGGGCGCCCUGGAAGGCCAGGUGUUCAAGAGGACCCGCCGGCUGAUCAGUCUGAGCGAGCAGAACUUGAUGGACUGCGCGGGACAGCGGUAUGGUAACAACGGCUGCAACGGCGGUCAGAUGCCCGGAGCCUUCCAGUACGUGCAAGACGCCGGAGGACUGGACACCGAAGCCCGGUAUCCAUACCGGCAGGUGACCAACUUCCAGUGUCAGUUCUCAAACUCCUUCGAGGCACGGCGAGUGAUCGUCAAUGGCCACACACGUGUGCCACCAAGAAACGAGCGUGUGCUCCAGGAUGCCCUGGCCAAUGUGGGCCCCAUUGCGAUCGCCAUCAACGCCAGCCCGCAGACCUUCAUGUUCUACAAGAACGGCAUCUACAGUGAACCGAACUGCGAUCCCCGUGGUCUCAAUCAUGCCGUGCUGCUGGUCGGGUACGGGCAGGAGAGAGGUGUGCCAUACUGGAUUGUUAAGAACAGCUGGGGCACCGGUUGGGGAGAAGGAGGCUACAUCAAGAUCCUGAGGAACCGGAACGUCUGCGGCAUGUCCCAAGAUCCUUCUUUCCCCAACGUGUAAUGAAAUCCUAUUUUCCGACUGAGUCGCAAAGUUUCACAUGACAAUGACUCGCUCUGCAAUAAAGGCACUGACAUCAC